AUGGAGGUAGAGCGCCAAAAGCCCCAAUCCCUAAGAGAAAUCUUGGAUGAAGAAGAAGAAAGGAGGCUCUUCAAACACUACAUGACUGUUGAGACGACCGUAUUCCCACACGACCUUCCAAAAUGCGACCAUUCUUCACUGUUCAGGGCGCUCAACGACGCCAUUGGCUCAUACCUGAAGGAAAACCCCCUUGGCCUGAACCCCGGCACAUGCACAUGGACAGACGUCGCGGAUGAGCUGGAAAAGUCCGAAGCCGAGUACAAGAGAAGCAACAAAUUUUUGCAUCGCCAUGGAGCUGGAAUGAUGCGAAGUCUGGUCCCAGCCCUAGACUGCAUCCCAAGUGACAAUGGAAUCGCCCCUAUCAAAGGCGGCUUGAUGAUUAUAUUCAACGCCGUGAAGAGGAGGUGCGAGACCUGCGAGAAAAUCUUAGAGUGCUUUUCGUCAGUCACACAAUGGCUUGUGAAGGCACAUCGUCUCCAGAACCUACACAAGCGGGAUGAUAAACUCAUAAACAAGGUUCGAGAGUUUUACUGCAAGCUCUUCGAGUGUCUUGCCUCUCUCAUCUCUGUACUUUUGCGACGGGACAAGAGCUCUGUCAUGUUCUCAGCAGAGCCACCAUCACGAUGGUCAGAGAAGAUUUGUAAGGGAAAGUCAAUCGUCGGUAGAGCGCUCAAGGACGUCUUUGGAGAUGCGGCAAAUGAGGUCGAGGACAUCCUGGCACCAGUCAAAUCUGCCCUGUCCUCGCUCAAAGACUACAGCCGAUUUCUGGACAGCGCGGGCAUCCAAACAGCCAACCGAAACAUCCUGGAAGCGAGUCGAGAGAUAAAGCAGACAAGAUCUGGGGUCGCCGGUUUGAAUUACAAGUUCGAUCAGCUCCGAGAAGAAAUGGAGCGGAGACAAUGCGAGACCGAGAAUCUAGUCAGGGGACGGCUGGAUGAUCGUGAUAACGUUUUGAAGGAGAUUUGGAACCGUGUCCACGACAUGUUUGCCGAUGCGCUACGAUGCACGCUUAUUGCUGAUUCACGGCCCCAUUCUUCAAAACGUCUUCAGAUAAUGGACAGCCAGAUCAGUCGACAAAGGCAGUUCUGGAAUCUCGACAUCAACAAACUUCUAAACGCCAUCGCCUCUGAUGAAGGACACGAGACAGCCAUCUUUGACAGGGACGAUAUGGUCCGCAAGCAGUCUUUAUUUAAACCAAAAGCCAUGAGCCGCGCCAAUCAGCUAUUUGAGACAGAAAAGUUCGGAGACUGGAUGACCUCGACAGAGUCGGAAUUCCUCAUGGUGGAAGGCCACUGCCUCCAAGAGUCUCAAGGCGUGGUCUCGCCAUUGACCAUUUUUGCCGCCUCUCUUGCUCACGUACUUGGGGCAGGCGCUUUUGAAGAAGAGUCACCCACAGAGGCUAUUGCUUUGUUCUUUGCUUGUGGCCAGCACUCCUCGACUGAGGAUGAGCUCUCUGGUCCUCAGGGGAUCAUGCGAAGCUUGAUAAGUCAGCUCCUAGUCUCCAACAUUCGAUGGACCGCCAGUGCCGCGGAUGAAAGUCGCACCCCGGACCUCGGCUUCCUGCAAGAGCGCAGAAGUAUCUGGCCCGAGAUCUGCAAGCAGAGCUUGGGAAGGGUCGAUGCCACGCGCAGCAUCAAUAAAGACGGCGGCAAUGCUACGAGAGAACCAAACCAUAAGAACAAGAACAGGCCUGAGAGAGAUCGGCUUCAGACAUUGCUACAUCUUUUCGAGGAGCUGGUCGACCAAAUUCCCCAAGCCUCGACGGUCUAUUGCAUAAUAGACGGCAUCUCUUACUACGAGAACCCGUGGCAGGAGGAUCUCUUGCUACUGGUAAAAACACUGGCGGAAAUUUGUGACGAUCAACGGAGCGGGCUCAACGGGCCACGCCUCAAGAUCCUCAUGACCAGCCCGGGCCGCUUCUAUUGGCUGCACACGUUCGCGCAUCAGGAGGAAGCCCUCAAGGUGAUGCUGGUGAGCCUGAAUUUGGGGCAUUUUGCCCGAGGAGGCUCCUACAUGUUUGGCGGAAACAUGGUCAGGCGAAUUGAGUACAUGCGGACACCCAGGCACGCACCCUUGCCGAGGUUCCAAUCUGAUGACUUUCAAGCCCGUGGCUGGGGGCAGAGAAAAAAGCAGCACUCGCACUAUGACAGUUACGGUGGCGACGAUUAUAGCGAGAGAGAUGAUCGACGGAGGGCCAGGUUCCAGCAUAGUGGGCCCUUGCAGCUACGUACACGGGACAGAAGUAUGUGA